GCAAUCACAAGGGAAUGUCAUCACCAAAAACAUUUCUCUCAACUCAACCAUCUAAGCUUUCAAUUAAUUAAUCCAAAGUUUCCCAAAAAAGCAAGAAAAAUGGCAGACAACUCACAGAAGAUGGCUUACCAUGCUGGUGAGGCCAAGGGCCAAACUCAGGAGAAGGCUAGCAACAUGAUGGACAAGGCUGGCAAUGUUGCUCAAUCUGCCAAGGAAUCAAUGCAAGAGGCUGGUAACCAGAUGAAGGCAAAGGCACAGGGAGCAGCUGAUGCAGUGAAGAAUGCAACUGGAAUGAACAAAUGAAAGUAGAAUGACGACAGUUUUUUCUUCUUUUUUUUCUUUUUUUUAUGAAAAUAAGGGAACUUUUGUUUCUGUCAAUUCAGAUUUAUAGUUUAGGUGUUUUUUUGGGGGGUUUCCAUGUGGCCAUUUUCAUUCAGUAAUGCCCCUAUUUUAUUUUCUUUUCCUUUUUUUCUUUUUUUAUGGUUUUCCGUUUGGAUAAAGAGAAAAGCUCUCUCUGUGUAGCUCACUUCAUGUGAAUGCAAUUUUCCAUUUGCUUUUA